AUGCCCCCGUACCAACCUCUAACGACCGAACCGCCUCGUACUUCUUCUAAACCCUCAAGAAGAGACUCUCAAAAUGAUACAAAGUCCGUCGAGUCCGCUGAGCCCGAAUCCGAGUCCACCGAGUCCACCGAGUCCACCGAAUGCGCCCGAAAGAGGCUCUACGCUAUCCAGAAGCAGUGGGUCAUAAAUGCAAAACCCGACAUUGAAAACCGAAAAUUCUCCGCUGUUCCCGCUAUAAGCCCCAAGGUGACUUCAAUCGGGGCCCGCAAAGACAUUACGGACCAAAUGUUAAUACCAAGCGAUAUUUGGCUUCUGCGAUCUCUGUCCCCAACAAAACGAUUGAUUGCCUAUACACACAUGGCAAAGUUGGCGCGUAGGAUGAUUCAGUAUGACCAAAUUAGCGAUGAAUACCAAGAUAUCUGGAGCAAUAUUACAAGAUUACGUGCUACUCUGUUCCAAAACGAGCAAGCUUGGGUGGCUAGGUCCAAGAAAGGUACUGACGAAGAAAAAGUCGCGCAUCUCAGUAGCGUCUUGAGAGAACAGUCUGUACAAACAACCAUCACGCAGCUGAUGAUACAAGAGCUGCAAGAAUUUGAAAAACGCAAUCCUUGGUCGAUCACGAAUGGCUAUCAGGACUUUGUGGACGGACCCUCACCUGAUGAGAAGACGCCAACCGAGCAAGCUGCGAGAAAAAAACCCACAAUAAUCCGCAAAGCUCAGAGGGAUGAUUGCGAAAAGUCGUAUCCAAACCCGGCGGAAACAAUCAGCCCAGACAAAGUCAAACACCCCCUUGACCAAGUCGCCGUCCCAGAAUACCCUUUAGACAGCAUCUUCGACUACACACCCCAUCCGGACACCAAACGCUACAAGUGCCGGCACCCCUUUGACACGGGUAGGUCUUGCUGUCGUGACGGUCUGAAUCGAAAGCAAAUGCUUGCUUCGAUUUCCAAAGACUUGUCGACGUGGAGAGGGAAGGUGGAACGCCUCAUACAGAAAGGACAGCUCCACCCAAGCCACAGGACAUGGAACAGAGACUAUGGUAAAAAUAAUCGAUUUGGUCACAAUGAACAGGAAAAGAGUGUGGCGAAGAGAAAGGCAGAAGAAGAGCAACAGGAAGAGGAGGGACCAAGGAAGAGGUCGAAGACGGGAGGAGAGCAGACAAAGAAGGUUACCCAGGAGAUGAAGAAGACAAAGGCAAAGGAACAGGGGGAUAAGAAGACCUUGGAAGUGGGCACUCUUGUCGCGAAAGAGUCAGAUACAUGGUCCGCAUGCACACACAACGAACGCGCUGCACAAGGAGCGCAUGGCAAGGAAAUCGAGGCAGCACUCAAAAAGUACGACCGCGAGUAUAGAUACUGCCGUCGUAUCGAGAGCAUGAAGAAGUACCCUGAUUGGGAGCGAUUUGACAAUUGGUGGAACAUCAAGCAUCUGCAGGUUCAAGGUAUGUCGCUGUCUGCAGAGCAGCGAGAUGUCCUGGGCAGGGGUGAGCCAUAUGGUAUACCGGAUAGAAAUCCAGAAAUUUCCAAAAACGCCAAGAAGACUGUAUUUGCUGGAAAGACAACCGAGCGUGGAGCAGAGGGAGAGAUGGGCGAAUCUGAGCAGACCGCUGCUGUGCAGGGUGAAGAUGGGGUGGAAGCCUUUGAUGAUGACGAUGGUUUGAAUGAUCUUUUUGAGGACUGCGAAGAAGAAGAAGAAGAAGGUGAUGGCUUGGAUCAUCUCUUUGAGGAAGAUGGAGAAGGGCUUUAG